GAGACCUAUUCACAGUAAUAGUUGCUCUGUAUUUAGCAAGCCGCAAUGAAUUGUGUGCCAGUGGGAUCUUCUAUUUGUUGACACCAAGGUUUUUAUGAACGAACCUGGUCUUUCAGAUUUAGAUUAAGAGAUCUAUAUUAGAGCAGAACUGGACUGGUACUCGGGUGGUGGAUUUGAUUCUUCCAGCCCCUCCUUCCUCACUUGUAACCCUCUCCACCACGCUCCUGUGUUGAUUGCUGUACCUGGACCCAGUAUAUCAUCUACUGCGACGGGACAACAUAUUCUAGUUGAUUGUCAGUGCGGGUUUAUCUAUCUCAAGGCAAUCAAGUAGCUCUGAAGCUUAGCAGUUGAAUCUGAGGUUAACCUGAUCUUGACUUCAGGUUGACCCCAAACUCUCUCCAGUGUAAGCUCAUGGCUUCCCUUGUGAGCCCAUCUUUGGUCCAGACAAAAAAUAUUGGCUCCAAGAAACAGGUGCUGGACAACAAAUCAGUGAUAGACAACAUACGUGAUCAUGAAAUCUCCAAGUCCUUUGCUUUAGGCAACAUUUGUUACUCUUGUGAACUUGUCUGUAAACAUUUCUUUGCUGGCUUGGACUUGAAUUCUAGGGAUAGUAAAACAGGGGAAACAUUCCUCCAUGUCCUAACAGACUACACACACCUAUAUCUGACAGCCAAUGGCACUAGGAUUGUGUACAUGCUAUCAACCAAGCUAGACAUUGAGGUGCCAGAUGAGAAUGGGGACACAGUUUUACACAAAGUGGUUCGAAUCCCUGGUUCUUGGAGAUGUAUAGUUGCCCUCAUGAGAUGUGGAGCCUGUCCUCUUCAGAAAAACAAAGCAGGUCGCACACCUGAAGAAGAAAUUCUGUUCCAUAAAAAACCUGGUUGGGAAGAGAAUCUUCACUGGCUAAGGAAGUAUCAUCCAGGUCUCUGGGCUGCAGUAAAAUGUAAAAAUCCAGAUCCAGUUCUGAUAGAAAGACUACUGAGAUAUUGGUGUAGGACUGUAAAAGUAGUUGGUAGAGAAACAGCUAAUUUGAAAUGUCAAGUGCACAUGUGUGAAACCCAGCUGGACACAGUGCUGCUCUUAGAAAAGUAUGAAAACACCAAUGAAAUGGCCUUGUCCAUGUUAAGUGGCAAGUUACAGUUUGUUGGGAUGUGGAAGGCUGCAGAACACCUUCAGAAAGUGGACAUCAAUGCCAAAGACUACUCCUAUCAAUUCUACUACAGGGAUUAUCCUACUGCUCCUCGGCCUCUGUUAGCUGCAGUUUGGGAAAUCAACCAACUUAGACUAGUCGAUGCUUUCAUGGAACUGAACCCUGACACUUGUGUCAAAUACACAUUUGAAUCUGAAGCUGCCAGUCCACCUAAACCUCUCUUCUUUCAGCUUGUCAAUCCUAAGUGUCGACCACAAGAUGAGGCAAUCACUGCCAGAAUACUCCGUGAUGCUGACCUGAACAUCAGAAACAUUCAUGGCCAGACAGUCUUGAUUGAGGCUAUGCUGAAUGGUGAGACAGAAGGUGUCAUUAGAGCUAUUCUGAAUUCUGGCAUCAAUAUAGCUGCCAGAGAUGCCCUUGGUCGCACAGCCAGAGAUCAUUCUGAACUUCUGAAAAGAUCAGAUUACAAACAUUUAAUUGACAGUCAUGUGAUUGAACUUGUUAAAGAGUGUGACCUUGAACGUCUGGAGGCUCUGGUCCUUCAACUGUAUGAUCACAUUUUCCCAGAGUCCAACACUCAGAGUUUUGCUAAUAUUGUAAGCAGGAAAAAUUCUAAACAGCUGUGUCAACUUUUAAGAAACACCAACUCCACCCAGGCCCAUGUGAAGAAACUUUUUAAGCUGGCAAAGUGUGGCAACAGUGCUCAGCUCAUCAAACUCAUGAGUCGUAAAUUUGCCAACGCCAGAGACAAGGCAGGUCGCUCAUUGUUGCACAUCGCUAUUCAAUACAGCAAUGGCAAUAAGACGGCCAUUCCACAAUCCUCAAAUGGUCAGAACCCUAUGGACAGAGCCAAUGGGAACAUAGUGACUCAGGAGGAAAUAGUUCUGAAAGACAUUAGUAGCAAUGACCCACACACUGACACGACACAGCUCUUUAAAAGUGGAAAAGACUGUAAGAUACUUUGUAGUCUAAAGAAAGAUGGUCCAUUCAAAAAAGGACAUCAGUGCUGGAAAAAGUUCUCCACUCAGGGAGGUAACUGUGUUCAAGAUCAUGUUGGUAUUAUAAAAUAUCUGGUCCAGGAAUAUCCAUUAAUGCUGGGACUCACAAAUAAUCUUGGACAGAGUCCACUUCAUUAUGCUCACAUCUACACAGCAAGUCAAGAAGUUAUAGAUCUGAUUGAUAAGACAGGAUCUUGCUCUCAAAUAAAAGAUGUGUAUGACUUUGUACCAGAAGACUACGAUAAGUUGCAGUGUGGAGAACAAACAUUCAAUGUCAGGCGACGGCCAACAAUAAACCUUGACCUUGACAUAUUCCUCACAGAGUCCAACUUUGAAGAACGUUUUCAUCAGGCCAUAAAGGCAGGUAACAUAGAUGAAGUGAAGAAACUAGUACCACCCCUGCUAGAGCAUAAUGGUGAGUCCAGGUUUAGUCAGGCAUUAUUUGACUGCCUGGAUGCAGGACACAUUUCUCUGGCUAACUUUUUAGUGACCUCUGGAUUCCAGACAAACAUUUUUAAACAGUAUGAGACGUGUGAUCCUGAUGAGCCGAUGUGUGCCAUGAUGGAAUGCAGUCAUGCUGUGACUUCACUUAAACAGAGAGCCACAGAUAUUGGUGCUUCUGAUCUAGUCAAGCAAAUAGAAGAUCUCCACAAAAAAACUCCUCAAGUGGCACUGGCAUAGUGGGUCUUCACCAAACAUUUGACCAGCAUUGUGAUACAUGUAGACACUCAUCAAACACAUGACUGUUUAGACUUUGUUGAACAAAAACUGUGAGUCUUGGAAAAUCUGUUGAUAGUUUGGAACACAAAUGUUUCUCAAAAGUAGAUUCUUGUUUUAUUUUUUGACGUUUUUUCUGAGAAACGAAGCUUGUUGGAAAUUAUAUUGAAAUGAUCCUAUGAUCCUGAAUGUGUGAGGUCUGAUUUGCCAGAUGUCUCACAUAUAAGUAUAAUCAGUGUAAAUAAAAUAACAAAACAAGUUUUGAAAACUGAUGAAUUUUACAAAAGACAUAUUUUUUUUUUAAAAUAUCCAUGACUAGACAAUUGAAGAUCAUUUGUUUCUUAACGUUUCUGUGGUAUAGACAGAUGUGGUUACAACUAUUUUGUUAUUGGUUGCAAAUUUAUUAUUUGUAUUCUUUUUUUUUAAAUAGAAACCUGCUUACAGUUAAAAAAUAGAUUUCAAAUUAUCUCAGUCUCAAGUUGUUCAUGUCUCUGCACAAAACAUUGAAAUGACUGCCAACAAAAUUAUAUUUUUACUGAAACCACGAAACAGCUUAGUCAACAAAAUUUAGCACAAGAUAUAUCCGAUGAAAUUAUUAUGUACAUAUUUUAUAUUUGCUUGUAUACAAUUUCUGUUCUAUUCAUCCAUGUAGAAAUAAACUAGUUGAACUUUUUUAAUUGUAACUUGAAAUAUGCAUUUUUAGUUGGUUUGUAAUAAAAUACAAACUAUAAUACUUUGUGAUAUCUCACUCUUUACACUAGCAAUGUCUUUGAAAUCCAUUUGUUAUAUUUAUUUUGGAUUCUAGUUUGUUUUUUGUUUUGUUAGUUGGAUGACCCCUUGUGUUUAAACUUUUUACAAUUUCGGUUUUUCAUUUAUAAAAAGUUUUUUUUCAACACUGGUUUGGUCAUAUUGGAAUUUGUGUGUGUUUCAAAUUGAUAAAAUUGUUAGACCUACCAAAUAUUUCAAUUGAAUGUAUAAUGGAGCUUCAAUUCUUUGCCUGUUUAAUUCUGUCUGACUGCUCAAUUCAUAUCUUAGCAUUCUACCUGUGCUCUGUUGACUGUGUAUUACAUUAGUGUAACAUGAAUUUCUGUAAUUCAUUAAUGAUGUAACGAUAUGCAUCAAUAUCAGUUUUAUGUUAGUUAAAAUCGAUCUUGGACUUCAUAGAAAAUAAGUUAUUGUGAUUUGAAAUAUAAGUUGAUGUGUAUACAAGCAAAAAAAAUAUGUAAAAAUUUUUUUAGAACACAAAGCUUAUAUUAAGUGUAUCAAUAAGUUCGGAUCAGUCAUGUAAUUAAUUUUGUAAUAAGCCUCAGAUGAAAUUCUAUAUAGGGGACUAAUUCAGCUUAUACCACUACUUCAGUCAAGUACUAUUUCUUUCCCUUGUUUGAGAUAGCAAACAAAAUAAUUUAUUACCAAUAUUUAAUUAACUAAUUGGUCAAUUAUUAAAUUGAUUCUUGUGUUGUCAGUUAAAAGAAAUAAUAGUGCAAAAUUUCAAUUUGAUCCCAGUAUGGGUGUCGGAGAAGUAACAUACAAACUUUUGACCAGACAGACAGACAGAGUGAGCGAUAAAGUGGUGGUAUAAGCUGAAUUAGUUCCCUUUACAGGUCAUCUUCGGAGGCUUAGUAAACACAAACAUGAAAUAGGACGAGACUUAAGAAACAAUAGAUAACUAUACAAUUUUCCAUGUUCAUAGCAGAGUUGUUACUGUGUUGGCUUGAGAAGGCUUUAGCCCAUGAGUUGGAAUUCAGGUCGUUCACCUUUUUUUAAAAUUAAUACAUUUAUAAAGCAAUCACCCAGAUACCCUGUACUUCUCCCCCCCCCCCCCCUUUUUUUUUUCCAACUGGUCCAGACAAGUGAUAGGAUCAUAGUGUAUUGAGAAAGCUAAAAGCAUGAACUAGUGCUAAACAAAAACAUUUGGUAAAAAUUUCUUAUUGCACAGAUUUAUUAUUGUUAGUCUAGAUCUAUUACAAAAUUAAUGACAUGACUGAUCCAAACUACUUGAUACAUCUACACUUAAUAUAAGCUUUGUUGUUGUUUUUUUUAAGUAUUUUUUUGUAUUUUAGUUGUUAUCCUUUAACUUGGUUAAAAAAUAUUUGAUGUCAAAAAUUGUUCCCAUUCCAUCUUAGUAAGAAAAGUGACGCUGUCAAAUCAUUUAGUUAAUCCUUUAUUGAAUGCAAUGUCAAUGUGCCAUUUCAAAUUUGUCUUACAGUCCAGUUAACUUUUUUAACCUUUUUAUGUAAAUGAGGUGACUUUGUAUAGUUUAUCAAAGCAACAUUUGAUUUCAAAUGCAGAGAUUUGAAUGAAUCAUCACAUAUUGAAGAAGUUAAUAUAUAACUGAUAAAAUAUAGAAUUCAUGUAAAUAAAUAGCCUCUUAUACAAAGAUAAAUGUGGUCCAGACAUGAGCCCAGAAACUUAUUGAGUACCUGUAAAGAAGUGGGCUAACAAAGUUCAUUCAUAAUCCAAGGGAGACAAUCCUACACUGUAUACUUUUAGUUGAUCAAAGUUAGAAGAAUAAUGCUUUAAAGGUUGCUUCCAUGUUCAAACUUGAAACACUUUCAAGCUAUUGUUUCAACUCUAUUGUGGAUUGUAUAGCAAGACUGAUAGAAAUAUACCAGUCUGCUGUAUUCUGUAAUGAUUGAUUAAUAGCAUUUGUGCUAAGCUUUUACUGUUGUGUGCUUUAGGGAAACACAAUAUUUCAGAGCUUUAGUUCUUUGCAAACACAAUCCAUUGCAAUGAUGAAUGCUUUGUAUAGUUGGUUUUUUUUUCUUUAUGCCAUAUUUUUUUUUUUUAUUUUACAUUUCAGCCUCAACUUGUGGUGUAUUUUUGUUUCAUUCACUACAUUUAACAACUAGCUUUUAAUUAAUUUUUUAAAAAUUUUUAAAUUACUUUAUUAAUUAGGUCGUGCCCAGGACUGGAGUCAUCUCUAUGAGGAUAAAUUAAAUUUCUACAUCUUCUACUUCAUUUUGAUGACAUACAAGAGCUUCAUUUGAUAUCUAGUAAUAUAGUGGCAUGAGUUGUUUGUUUUGUUUCUCAACUCAUUGUCCUGUUCAUUAGCAUCUGGUCAUGUUUUCAGCCAAAAUUUCAGCUAGUGGAAGUGUAGGAAUGAAAAAAAUUGUCCACUUUGAGGAGUAUCAAUGUUGAAUAUCACUUAGGCUCCUUUUCCCUGAUAACUAUGAAAACUGAAGACCUGUGAUAAACCUUGGCACAUUGAUAUGUCUGGCUAUGCAUACAAAAAUAUAUUUGAUUACAACUUGAUUGAAAAGAAAUUGUCUUUAAUUUUUUAAAAGGGGUUUGGGGGGGGGGGGGUUGUCAGUUAGUUGAUUGUGUAAUGUUGCUAUUUUUUUGUAAAGAAAUUUUCACAUUUUAUAUAGUGAUGUAUUUGUAGCAUUAUGACCAUAAAAGUGGAUGAAUUCAUGUGAAGUGUAUUUGAUGCAGGUUAAUAUUUGUUAGCAUUAAGCCAAUCUACUAUUGUUAGGGCAUCAAAUGGAAACAAAAAUUGGCAAUGUUUCCAUGUAGUGUAUGACAUGAUAGUUUUCAUGAUAAUUAAACAAAAUGUUAUUUUUC